UGUCUCAUUUUUAAUUGUUUUUUUUUUGUCUCUUCUUCUACCGGUGUUUGUUUGAUAUAUUUAUAAAUACGAUUUUCUUGGGUGGUGGUUGAAGGAUGCAUAGUGGCGGUGGAGGGAUGGUGGCGAUGAGGCCACCAUCACCAUUUACAGUGUCACAGUGGCAAGAACUGAAACAUCAAGCUUUGAUCUUUAAGUAUAUGAUGGCAGGUUUGCCAGUGCCAUCUGAUCUUCUACUUCCUAUUCAGAAGAGCUUUGAGUCCAUUUCUCAUAGGUUCUUUCACCCUCCUACCAUGGGGUAUUGUUCCUUUUAUGGAAAGAAGGUGGAUCCCGAGCCGGGACGUUGUAGGCGGACUGAUGGUAAGAAAUGGCGUUGCUCGAAAGAUGCAUACCCGGACUCGAAAUAUUGCGAGCGCCAUAUGCAUCGUGGCCGUAAUCGUUCAAGAAAGCCCGUGGAAUCACAAACUAUGACACAGUCAUCAGCCACUGUUACAUCGGUGACUGUUUCCGGUUGCACCGGUGAGACGGGAAGCUUCCCGAGCCUUCCAUUACAUGCUUUUGGUAGUACACAAGUUACUGCUUCCGCAGCGGGUCUGUCCGAUGAUAAUCUGAAGUCGAUCCCAUAUGGAAUCCCGAGGAAAGAUUAUAGGUAUCUUCAAGGAAGUAAACCCGAGGUCAGUGGGCAUAAUAUUUCCUUUGAAGCUUCUGGGAGCAACAAUGACGCAUGGCCUCAAAUGUACCCUAGAGUCUCGUCGUUCGUUCAGCCAAAAACCGGUAGCAACCCGAUCUUCCGGACUGAUUACCCCCAGCGUUCAUUUUUCAGCAAUUCCAACCCAGGAGGAGCCGAGAAGCACGAGGGUCAGUCUCUUCUACCAUUCUUUGACGAGUGGCCUAAAACCAGAGACACCUGGUCAGCUCUCGAAGAUGACAGAUCCAACCAGACCUCAUUUGCUACAACACAGCUAUCGAUAUCCACUCUGAUUGGGUCAUCCGACUUCUCCACAACUAGUUCUCAUUCUCUGCACGAUGAGUUUCAAACUCCAUAGUUCCCCCUCGGAUGUCCCAUUCAUAUGAAACUCUGAAACCCGCAUUCGAAUAGCUUAAUGAACAAAAACUCGAAACUUCCCUGAACUCGAUACAGUAGAAGGCCCGGAAAAAGUUCUAGCUACUUGACUAAUGUUGGUACCCUUUGACGAUUUCCCUUCAGCAUGACUUUGUGUAGUAUCAGUACACCGCGAGGUUCUGGUUUAAGGUGCAAGAUAA